CGCGCGCAUCGCAUUUUCGUACGCAGUUAAAAAUACAGCGCGACAAGUUGAGUUCGAGUUUGAGCCGUAUGACUUCGCAUAUUUUUACGAACCAGUGUUUCGGUUUACUUAAUUAACAACACACGUGCCCAGUAAUCCGUUGGCAUAAAAAAAAUGAAGUUCGCGCUGUUUUUAUUCGUGACGCUGUGUGUGCUGAAUUUCUACGUAAACGGCAAAUGGACUGCACGGGAAGCUGCGAAUGAGAUUCCUACUCGUAGACCAUAUAAAUAUGGUUCUGAUCCACCACCACAUACUGAGCUUAUUGCUAUGGCCAGAUAUACGCUUCAUAAUGCAGAUUGGGCCUCUAUCGCAACUGUAUCCGUGUUGCCUGCUAUUGAAGGUUUCCCAUUCUCUAAUGUGAAGUCAAUUGCUGAUGGAUACAUUAAAAACUCAACUGGCAUUCCUUAUUUCUACAUGUCACCGUUAGAUUUUACUGCUAAGGAUUUAUCGAAAAACAACCGCGCAACAGUACUUGUGAGCUUAGAGGAGACAAGAUACUGUGAGAGCCAGCAGUGGGACCCUGAAGACCCUCGCUGCACCAGACUGAUGCUCACGGGUAUCAUGAAGAAGGUCAAGGAGGGCACCCCCGAGUACACUUUCGCGAAAGGCGCGUUGUUUGAGCGGCAUCCGGCUAUGGCUAACUUCCCCUCUGAUCACGACUGGUUCGUUGCGAAGCUGAAAAUUGCUCAAAUAGCAAUGGUGGACUACUUUGGAGGUGCCAAAUAUAUCCCUGUCAAGGAUUAUCUCGCGUACAACUACACACAAAUCGUUAACACACCAAGAAGUCAAAUCCUCAAUGUCCAAAGUUAGAAUUAUAUAAAAGUACCUAAUCUACAUGCACGUACCUACGUAGUACAUAUUAUUUUAAAUAUUAUAAUGUAACAAAAUGUGAUAUUAUGGAAAUGAACCUAGAAGGUUAUUUUUAUAAGGAAUUUGAAAGAUUUUUUUUUUACCAAUUGUUUUUUAUUUAAAUAAGAUUAUUAAACAUUACAAUUGGAAUGAUAUACUUGUAAAUAACGAAAUAAAAGCACCAUUUGGCAUUCACCCGUGUUGGGCGAUAAGCCAAGUUUCAUUAAUUACCUACUUAUAUUUAUAUAACAAGCCAUUAGUCCUAUCUCACCCACCAAAUUGCUUUCAUAAUUACAUAGGUUAAUCGGAUUGUUUUUGCUAUUAAUCGAUGUUAGACAUCGUUUUACAAUCGAGUAAAAAUAGCAUCAAGUAGCAAAGAAAAUAACAAUUGAUCUAAAUACGCAGUAAUAACUUAUUGUAAUAGUAAUUAUUAUGCUUUUAGAAGAGUGAGUUUAGGUUACAAUAAAUAACAACUUGUAAGUUACAAAAUUCUUCAAGUAUAAAGCAUUUUGCCUCCAUUAAAAUCUAAUAUAUACUAGUUAAUAUUAGAUUGUACCAUGUACCAACGUAAUUUCUAAUUUCAAAUACCUAUCUUCGCACCGUCAUGCGCUUUUUUUUGGCCAUGUACAUAUAGUCAAAGUCGAAUAAGAUGGUUUUUAGCCCCUACAAACAAUAAUCUCAUUCAUUCAUUCAAUUAAAUUUUUAUAAACUUGUCUAAAAAUUAAGGUACCUACCUAUACAUCGAAUGCAAUUAUAAUUUUACUGCGAGA